UCAUGUGGUCGGGGGCACAUGCAAUUCGCAUCCCAAUCACGCAAAACGACAAAGUAUUGAUGCUCUGAUAGAGUGUGGCCAUUCGUACUCAUGGUCACUUGAAAUUUACAUCCAGAAUGACAAGCAGGCAAAACUCAUGGGCCCCACUUCAAAUAUGGGACAGCCGCGAAAUCUGAUUGAUUGGACCAUCAUCUGAUAAGUGGACAUUAGUUUGUUGAAUUUGUACCUCUACAAAUACUUUAUUCCGUUUGAACCGUCCAUUUGAUGACCAUUAAUCAAGAAUGCCAUAUCUAUGCACGAUGACUUUUGGGUUAUAUGAUUGAUGUAGUCGGGAGGGAGCGUAUCAAACAACUCCUCUAUAAAUUGUCCUUUCCACGACCCACAGUUCCAUGUCACUUACUAAUUCCACUUAAUUUCCAACACCUAAACUUUUCCAUGGCUUCCAUAUCUGAUUUCAGUUGUGAUUUUUCUUUCUCUACUGAUUUUCAAGAUCAAAUUCUUCCUUGUGUUGCUGGGGAAGGAGACUUUGGAUUGCCCAAUGUAGAAAGCUUUCCAUUCGAUGAUGGAUCUUUAGAAGCAAUAUCGUCGAAGAAGACCGACAUGGGCCUUUCAGAUUUCCACACUUCGUUUCCCGAUCGGUUUGGAGUUACUGAGACCAAUGUAGCAGGACCUGUUUUACCGGAAUUCGACUCGAAUCCAUAUUGUGACGUGGUUCCAAUGCAAAGUCCUGCCUUUGGGUUCUGCCCGGGAGCUAAUUAUGAGUUGGUAGAAGAAGACGGUGGGUUUAAUAUGGAUUUUUGGCCUGUCUAUGGUGCUCGAGAUCUUUGGGAAAUCCAUGGGAAUUCAUUAAGGAAGAGUGGGGAGCCUGUUAUGAAAGCAGCUCGUUAUACCGUGGAAGAAAGGAAGGAUAGAAUCCUAAAAUACUUGAAGAAAAGAAAUCAAAGGAACUUUAACAAAACCAUCAAGUAUGCUUGCCGGAAAACAUUAGCUGAUAGGAGGCGACGAGUCCGAGGAAGAUUUGCGAGUAACAGCGAAAAUCAGAGAAAAGAAGAGGAAUACCAUAAGGAUUGUUCCCAGACCAAAGACAGCAUGGAGGAGUGGUAUCAAGAGGGAGUACAAAAUCUAAUGUAUUUUCCCAUUACUGCUGGUUGAUGUUGAUUCAAGGGGAGUGAAAAAGAAACAAGCAUGCCAAUGUACUAAUUACUACAUUUUUACCUUUUGGUAAUCUAAUUGUGGCGGUUUUUUUUUU